AUGGAAGAUGAGAAGUGCAACUUUCUGUCUGCUUUGCCCUUUUCCGGCAGUGUUGCGGUGAUGAAUGGACAGACGUUGAGUGCGAUGGAUGAACGGAUGAAUGGAUGA